AUGUCCGACCUUAGCGCCCUCCAACAGGAACUUAAGCAAAACCUCAAGCAGUUCCCCAACUUCCCCAAGGAAGGCAUCUUGUUCGAGGACUUUUUGCCCAUUUUCGCCAAGCCCGCCGUGUUCCAAAAAUUGAUCGACGCGUUCAAGCUCCACCUCGAGCAAUCGCUUAAGGGGGCUAAAGUCGACUACGUCAUCGGCUUGGAGUCUCGGGGUUUCCUCUUUGGCCCUACGCUCGCCCUCAGCAUUGGCGCCGGCUUCAUCCCCGUGAGAAAGCCCGGCAAGUUGCCUGGCGACACCUACACCGUCGAGUUCCAAAAGGAGUACGGUCUGGACAAGUUUGAGAUCCAGAAGGAUGUCAUUCCCAAGGGGGCCAACGUGAUUAUCGUUGACGACAUUUUGGCUACUGGUGGUCUGGCCUUUGCCGCCGGUGAGUUGGCCAAGGUGUCGGGGGCCGAGAUCUUGGAGUACCUUUUCGUCAUGGAGCUCGACUUCUUGAAGGGGAGAGACAAGCUCGGCAAGCCCGUGUUCACGUUGCUUUCGGGCCAGGACGAAGCGUUGAAGAACUAG